GUUCUUGCUUCAACAGUGUUUGGACGGAACCCGGUUCCACCACCACCACCGCCUUUUUCUCCGCCAAGACUCCUCGGCAUCCUCGGGAACCCUUGCUGUGAUCUCGGGAGACCCCGCCGACUGCCCGCCGACAGAUCCCUUUCCGCACCAGCCGGACCAGAUGCCUUUUUCUCCCAGCCUCCCAGCCCAGCCGGAGCCAUGGACUCCCAGAUCCGCCAGAACUACCACCGCGACUGCGAAGGGGCCGUCAACCGCAUGGUCAACAUGGAGCUGUAUGCCAACUACGUCUAUCUCUCCAUGGCUUCCUACUUUGACCGCGAUGACGUCGCCCUGCGAAACGUCGCUGAGUUCUUCCGGUCGCAGUCUCGUGAAGAGCGGGAACACGCCGACAAGCUGCUUCGGUUCAAGAGCCAGCGUGGUGGCCACGUCCUCCUGCAAGAUAUCAAGAAGCCAGAAAGCGAUGCCUGGGGCACAACUCUUGAUGCCAUGGAGGCAGCCCUUCAGCUGGAAAAGAAUGUGAACCAGGCCCUUCUAGAGCUACACCGCCUGGCAAGCGACCAGAAAGACCCCCAUCUCUGUGACUUCCUGGAGACGCACUACCUCGACGAACAAGUCAAAGCUAUCAAGGUCCUGGGGGACUACAUCACCAACCUCCGGCGGCUGGGAGCCUCCCAGGGGGGCCUUGGAGAGUAUCUCUUUGACAAACACAGCCUAGGAGAGAGCAGCAGCUGAGUGUGGCAUGGCCCCCUCUCCCCCCCCAUACUCCUGGGAGCACCGCCUCUGUGAACCCACAGAUCAUACCCACCACCAUCACAAUCGCCGUGCCCCAGUCAAGGGGGUUGCAC